AUGGAGCCAGCAUUGGCCUCGGGUCCUGUACAUACAGGCCCGGGCCAGGCCUUUCAACAGCCACCACUACAGACAUUAGGUUCGGAUCGGUCGGGCAGCAGGACGGACACGUCUGAGGAGGAGGACGAUGGUGCUUUUGGUGAGGGCGAAGCUGCCCAGAGCCUCUUCCAACCAGCCAUCAGUCCUAUCGCCACGCGCUUGGCCUGGCCAGGGACUCCUGCUGCUGAGAAGGCUGCUGCCAUGUGGGAUUUCAUGGAUGGGCCCACCGACAACAUUGCUGACAGCCUCACGUCAAAUCCUUCUGUUGGGCCAAGCGAUGGAGCUACUGUUGCGGCGCGGCCAAAAAUACCAGCUACCAUGCUGGCUACAAAUGUCAACGGAGCGUCCUCGGCUACGGUACCGCAUAAACCGGCAUCUCUCCCCACAAUAGCACCGCAACACCAGUCUCAAAUACCGGAAUCAUGGGCAGGGAAACUUUCCAGCUCCGGCACUCCUGGAUUCUCAAGUCGCAAGCGCGCAAGCACUGUCGGCGGCGAUGCCUUAAAGAAACUGACCAAGGCGAUACCUACGAUAUCCAUACCCUCCAACUUCCUGCCCAGUCUACCCACCCCUUCAUUCUUCUCGUCAUCAGCAUCAUCGUCAAAUAAACGCGACCAUUCGCUAUCUCCGACUCGAAACGGACGCUUCGCAAAACCGGAACAGGCCACGACAGACCAAAACUUCGAGGAACUCUCUCGUUCCAAGGAAGAGUCUGUAUCCAGAAGAUAUCCACAUGGACCAAAGCCGCUGCGUCCCUCGGGGCCGUCCGGACAGGCCUACACGCUGCGAAGGUCGACUUCUAUGGAGUCUACAUUAUAUAACCCAAUGUCGAGAGUCUCUUCUUAUGGCGACGAUGAACGAUUUCUGGACGUGAGGAAAAUGACAAAUUCAAGAUUCAAGGCCAUCAUGGACAGCUUCGAUCGACCAUCCUUCAAGAUGCCACAGCUCCCCAGCAUGCCCUCGCCAUUUAAAAGCAGUAGCUUUACAGAAUCUUCUCUCGGCUCCGGACCCAGAUCGCCAGGAAAACCCCCGCGCAACAGUACGAUUAGCCCCAAGGACGGCAUAGCCAUACUCGAUGCUGUCCUUGAAUCACUUACCGGCGACGUUGUGGUUCUGGGGGGAUACAGAGGAUCGAUCCUUCGCUCGGCAACGGCACCACACCAGCAAUUAUGGGUACCUGUAAAGGUCGGUCUCAAUAUGCGCAAGGUAAAUCUCGAAGUUGGACUCGACCCUCAGGACGAGGAAACCAUGGAGGAACACAUAAUCCCAUCUAGCAUGCUUCAGAAUAUCGGUCCCAUCGACAUCUCACGCCGGCUGCUGAGGCGAAUGCGUGAAAGCCGGAACGCGAAAGCAGGAACCCUCAGAAUCCAUGAGUUUGCCUAUGACUGGAGGCUUAGUCCCGCUCGAUCUUCGGCACGCCUUCUCAAAUUUCUUGAGGGUUUAAAUUGUAAUAUGCGGGACGAACCAAGUGGGGCUCUUGUUAUCGCCCACAGCCUGGGCGGCCUUAUAACCCGUCACGCUGUAAACCAACGGCCAGAGCUCUUCUCUGGUGUCGUUUAUGCAGGCGUUCCACAGCGCUGCAUCAACAUCAUCGGCCCAUUGCGCAACGGUGAUGCGGUCCUGUUCAACCAGAAGCUCCUCACGGCGCACGUCAACUUCUCCUUCCGGACGAGCUUCGUAUUUCUCCCCGAGGACGGCUUCUGUUUCGUCUCCAAGGACGGCACCCAAGAGUUCAAGUUCGACUUUUACGACCCAGCCAACUGGGUAAAGUACAGGAUGUGCCCCGCCGUCGCGCCACCCCUCAAACCGGCGCUGCCUGUCAGCAAACUCGACUCGGCCCUUUAUUCGCUGCGCGAGAUGUCCACCACCAUCUCGACCUUUGACCUACGUGGAAGGAGCGGCAGCGAUGACCGAGGCCGCAAGGCUCCCGCCCUCGCCAACGGCGGCGUCCUCGGCCCCCCUCCUAUGCCGACGGAGGACUCCAGGCCGCAGCAGACGAACGGCGGCGACAGCCGGACAAGCUCGCCGGGAUCUAGUCAGGGACAUCAUGAAGACCAGCAUUACUCCCGGGCCUACAAGUACCUGGCGCGGACGCUAGCAGAGACGAAGCAGUUCCGGGCCGAGACGCAGUACCGGCCCGAGCUCGGCGAGUCCAACGCCUACCCGCCCCUGGCUGUCAUUUACGCCAAGAACACACCGACGGUGCACGCUGUGCGAGUAUCGUCGCUCGACGCCAUUGCCAGUCCCGAUGAGGUCUAUAAUGACCUGGUAUUUCGGCCCGGCGACGGUGUCGUGCUGGCGCGCGAGGCCACGCUGCCGCCGGGCUACGACGUCGUCAGCGGCGGGAGGAUCAGCACCGAGAAGGGUCACAUCAGCAUACUGGGUGACUUUGCCGGCGUGGCCAGGGCCAUCGAGGCGGUGUUGAGGGGGCGGAGCAAGGGAAUUGGGAAAGGCCUUAGGUCCAUGGAUUCAUGA